AUGCCUAUGGUGAUCGCCACAUUGACUUUUUCCAUUAUUGGCGUACUUGGCAACGGAAUUAUAAUUUUGGCGACAAUAUUCUCACCUGCUCUGAAACAUCGUUGUAAUAUAUUGAUCUGUAUUCUUGCCAUAUCGAUUUCUUCGUCUGUUGAACUGCGCAUUUUGAUGCUCCAAAAAUGGUAUUUUCGACCGAAUAUUGACUGCUUCAUGUACAGUAUAUUCGGCCUGUUUGCGCUGAAUGUACAAGCUGGUAUGGGUCUCAUAUUAGGAGUAGACCGGCUAUUAGCUGUUUCACUUCCAAUA